UUGACGUGCAGCUUUGACUUAUCCUUAUUAUGUGUAUCUUUGGCUAUUGUCUGACAAGCUUUUAAUUUAGCUUUUGUAUCUUCAAAAUACUUUAUAUUCUGAGCGGACAGCGGAGGUCAACUAUAAGGAAAAUUCUAUCGCAAUGAUGUUUUCUUUGGCCCGGAACUUGCCUAGCACAUUUAAGUCUGCUAUAAGAUUUAAACAUACCUUACCAUCAUUGCCUUUCGAUUAUGGUGCUCUUGAACCUAUUAUUUGUAAGGAGAUAAUGGAAAUUCAUCAUACGAAACACCAUCAAACUUAUGUCACUAAUCUCAAUGCAGCCGAAGAACAAUUAAAAGAUGCACAGUCAAAGAAUGAUGUCUCAAAAAUCAUAUCCCUGGGUGGCGCUUUACGCUUUAAUGGGGGUGGUCAUAUUAACCAUUCAAUUUUCUGGCAAAAUCUUACCCCAGAUCGUACGGAACCAUCAAAAGAGCUUAAAGCUGCUCUGGAACAACAGUUUUCCAGUUUCGACAAUUUCAAAAAGGAAUUGACUACUUUAACUGUUGCAAUCCAAGGAUCUGGUUGGGGAUGGUUGGGAUACAAUAAAAAGACUGGAAAAUUGCAACUUGCUGCUUUACCAAACCAAGAUCCUCUUGAAGCCAGCACAGGUCUUGUACCAUUGCUCGGUAUUGAUGUGUGGGAGCACGCUUAUUAUCUACAGUAUAAAAACGUAAGGCCCUCUUAUGUUGAAGCAAUUUUCGAGAUCGUUAAUUGGAAGGAUGUUUCAAACAGAUUUGCUGUUGCAAAGUAAAGUUUGAUAGCUGCUCUUUGUGAUAUAAUGUUAUUUAAAAAUUAUCGAUGUCGUUUUCGUUUUAUUUAGUGAAAAUAAAAAUAAAAUAACAACGGCACUGCGAUUGCAGUUA